UUCGAUUCAACAAAUGAUGUCUGAAGAAGCCUUUUCUGUUCCUUCCAACACCACCAGAGAAGGCUCCUUAUUGGUUCAUGUUCAAGAACCAAACUCAAACCCUACUUCAAAUCCAGCUAAGAAAAAAAGAAACCUACCCGGAACACCAGAUCCAGAAGCAGAAGUGAUAGCUCUGUCACCAAAGUCUCUGAUGGCAACCAACCGUUUCAUCUGCGAAAUCUGCAAUAAGGGUUUCCAGAGAGACCAGAAUUUGCAGCUGCACCGCCGCGGUCACAACCUCCCGUGGAAGCUACGGCAAAGAACAAACAAAGAUCAGGUAAGGAAGAAGGUGUACGUGUGCCCGGAGAAGAGUUGCGUGCACCAUGACCCUUGUAGAGCACUUGGAGAUUUAACAGGUAUAAAGAAACACUUCAGCAGAAAGCAUGGAGAGAAGAAGUGGAAGUGUAACAAAUGCUCCAAGAAAUACGCAGUUCAAUCCGAUUGGAAAGCACAUAGCAAGAUUUGUGGGACUAGAGAGUACAAAUGUGACUGUGGCACACUUUUCUCCAGGAAGGACAGCUUCAUAACACAUAGAGCCUUUUGUGACGCUUUGGCUGAAGAAAAUGUGGGAGUAACUAGAGUUCCAGCAGCUUUAUGUAACUUGAGAAGUGAUCAUUUGGGCAAUGUUCAAUUGCCAAGGUUCCCUCAGAUUUUUCAUGGGUUUCGUUCAGAACAUGGUAGUGGUUCAGGGUCAGAACCAUUAGGAAAUUAUGCAGACACAAACAAUGACCAGAAGCUGAGGCUGCCACUAUGGUUAGACCAAGUCAAUUUCCCUAACAAGUCAAGUGCUUUUUCAUUAGGAGCAAACUCUGCUUGCACCAUGCCUGAUUUAUUGCAAACAAUGGACAUGUUAGGUUCACCCUCACAGGCACAGUGGUUGAAUCACAGAUACCCUGAAGUGUUAUUUUCAAGUGCCAACAUAUCACUGCCUGCACUACCACCACAUGGACUGAAGCAAGAACACGAAGAAGGCUUCAACAGCAACAAUAAUCUCAACAACGUCUUUGGUUGCUUCAUGGGGUCAAACAAUAAUAAUAUUGUUGAGGUUCAGAAGUUUCUCAAGCAAGCAAAUAUUGAUCACCAUCAAGCUGAAAACUUGAACGAGUUAAUGAAUUUCGAAGCCAGCACCAACAACCUUGGAGGGUAUUCAUUAAACGACUCGAACAACAACUCGUGUGUGGUUGUGUCUAGCACGAAGAAUGUGGAUCACGUGAUGAUGAUGCAAAUGGGUGAAGAGACAACAAAUCUACCACAAUCAAUCAUGGCCAAGCAACAACUACAUCAAACCUUAAAAAACAAAGACCACCUUGGUUUUACACGAGACUUCUUGGGUGUUGGAGAUGAAUUUAAUGCAAUUGAAUCAACCAUGAACCUUCAGAGCCAGUAUGGUGGACAUUAUUGCUAGUCUAUAGAGUUACAAUUUAAUGAAAGUUUCUUAGAGCUAAAGAAACUAGUGAAGUUGUAUCAUAAUAUGAUAUAGAUAUAGCUACUUCUUCUUUUUUUUUUUUUUUUGAUAUUAUCCCCUGUAAUCCCAUAGAUUCCAUAUGAACUAAUUCAGAAUUUGGGACGGGAUCGGAAUUAAGAUU